GUGAAAAUGGAAAGUAAAGAUUCAAAACUAAUAAAGAAAACGGGCAGGAAAACCCCUAAGUACUGUUGUAUUUGUAAAGGAAUUUACAGAGGAAAGGUUAUUGAUGGGAGAAAAGUGUCAUUGCACCGUUUUCCUCAGAACAAACGUUUAAAACGUGUGUGGGUGCAGCGAUGUAAAACGGUCAUGAGAUCGUUCCAGUGGAAUGAACACAGACGAUUGUGUUGUGAGCAUUUUGUUGGCUUCAGAGGACCUUCAUUCCAGCAUACACUUCCAUCUAUGUUUCCAACUGAGACUGGUGCUACCAAAACCUUCCAGCCAACGCUCCUUGAUGAAGACGUAGGUGAUGAUGAUGAUGGUGAUAUGGUCAAUGACGAUUUAGACCUAGAACUGUCAAAUGAUGAUAGCAUACAGCCACAACUGUCAUUUGUAUCCCCUUCCGGACAUGCCAUUGAUACCUCUGUCCACCUGCAUGAUUACUGCAUGGGACCAGUACUACAGCCACAGAAUCAGUCCUUUAGAUGUUGUGACACACAGACUGAGAACAACUGUGCAGUGAUGGAAGUACAAACUGAAGAAAGUUUCCUGGGAAAAACAGCAGACUUCAGUUCACAAACAGAACAUUCUACUAGAGACUUUGGUGUACAAUGUCAGCUACCUAUGCUCACAUAUGAUGACGUAAAAUACAAUGACGAUUUGGUCAGUUUUUACACCGGAAUCCCUAAUCGAGUUGUGUUUGAAGCUUUGUUUGAUGAAAUCAAGGAUGAAGCUGAAGUGCGGACAUCAAGGCGGAAACUUAACUAUAAAGAUUCAGAUGGAGGACGGCCAAGAACUCUAAGUGUUCUGGAUGAAUUUUUCAUGGUGCUGAUGCGCCUACGUCUAGGUCUGUUAUUUGAAGAUCUAGGUACUAGGUUUUGCAUAUCCACUUCACAAUGUAGUGACAUUGUUGAAAGAUGGAUCAACUAUUUACAUGUACAAUUAUCCUUUCUUGUUCAAUGGCCAUCUCGUGAGGUAGUGAAAAAUAACAUGCCUGAACAAUUUAAAGAGAAAUAUUCUAACACUAGAAUUAUUAUCGACUGCACUGAAAUUUACAGUGAAACAUCCAGUUCUCUUUCUUUGAAAAGUUUAAUGUACAGUGAUUACAAGUCUCACAUGACUCAUAAGAUUUUGGUGGGUAUAAGCCCAAAUGGUGUUGUAACUUUUGUUUCUGACUGUUGGGUGGGCUGUACCAGUGACAAGAAACUCACAGAAAAAUGUGGACUCUUGGACUUGCUUGAAGAAGGAGACGCCAUAAUGGUUGAUAAGGGUUUCACUAUUACAGACCUUACUACUCCAAGAGGCAUUCAUCUCAUUAUUCCACCAUUUAAACAGAAAGGAAAACAAUUCUCUAAACGUGAGGUUCUCCUUACAAAAGAUAUUGCAAGUUUACGAAUACAUGUUGAAAGGCAAAUGGAGAGAAUCAAGAACUUUCGAAUAUUGCAUGGCAAUAUUCCUAUAACACAGUCAAGGAGAAUUUCUAAAGUGUUCAAAAUAUGCACAUAUUUGACAAAUCUAUGGCCACCACUUGUUCAAUAAUAACUAAUGUGUCAAUGAAAGCGUUUGUAUAUAUCAAGCAUUAGAUUUAGGGAUAAAAACUUGUAUACUUCUAACUAGAACAAUGAAAUUGUAAUUUUGUUUUAAAAUCAAUUUUUCGAGCAAGUUAUAUGAUAACAUAUGAGAUUACACAUUUGAUUCAGGUUUGACAAAAAUGGAUAAGGAAAUAUGCUCAUGUGAAUGGAUUUCAAGAUUUGAUUUGAAACAUGUAUGCAUUAACUGAUCAAUUUAUUGAUAUAAUUUUUUGUUUGUGAAACAUCUGCUUUGUAUUUUGUGGUUUUAUUAUUUGUAACAUUUCUAAGAAUAAAAGUCAAAGAUCA